AAAACAGACAUAGAUAUUUUACAUGUUGAGAUUUUUUAUUCAACUCCCAAACAAAUUCAAUGGAAGAACAAAACCAAAGAAAAAAACACAAUAACAUAGUUAUUGAUUAGUUUCAAGUGUACGAAAAACAAUCUUAAUAUCAACACAAUAUCUGCUUCACUUUUUUGUGUUUUCAAUUUACUCAAAUCCAAUGUUGCACUCUCACUUACACCAUAAUAUUCACAAUUUUCUCUUCCCAAAUCUACCUGUUUCUCUCACCACACACCAUUUUUCUUCACCAGCACCUCAUCUUCCUAACUUUCUCCAUAGACCAACAAGUAAUUCUCACACUGUUUCAGCCAUUAAUCCUCUUCAUCUUGAACUUUCUCCAUGGCACACUAAAUUAACCACAGCAAAAGUGGAGUUAGGCACCGUUUUUGAAGCUAUAGAUGACUCUUCUUUGUUCCAAGUAACUUUCAGUGUUGCUCUCAGUGCAGCCAUUGCUGUGUUCUUCUUUCCCGCUAUCCAGCGCCGCAUCAAAAGAGCAAAACAAUUGAAAUAUAGGUCUUCUGGAGUGAAAAAGUCAUCAUUGAAUAGCUCAAAAACUUCUAAGAAAUCUAAGAAACGACCUUCACCAGAUCAAGCAUUGUUAGGAGCAAUUAUAGCUGGUAUUAUCGCAGUCAUUCUCUAUAGAUUCACAACAACUAUUGAAGCAUCACUAUAUCGCCAAUCAGUUUCAGAUAAUUUCUCGGUUCGCCAGAUAACAAUCACCAUAAGGACAGUAAUAAAUGGCUUGUGUUACCUUGCAACAUUUGUGUAUGGCAUAAACUCUUUUGGUUUAGUGCUUUAUUCUGGACAACUUGCUAUCAACACCUACGUGAAGGGGUCAUCAAGUAGGAAAAAUAGUACUGAAAGCAAAAUUAUGGAGCAGUCGCUUUUAUCAAGUUCAUCGGAUGAAGAAGAUCAAAAUCAAAAUUCAAAUAAGUCAAAGUAAUCAAAGUUCAUUUGUUGGUACUUUUUGGUUUUGUAGUAAAUGUUUAGGGUCCUAUUUAUUAUACAUGUGCAUAAUGUUUGUAAAUAAAGACAUUAUAGCAUUUACACUA